AUGGUCCACUAUGACAUUCCGGACCCCUACAACAAGGGAAGCAGAUACUACACUAAUCAUUACGUUUGCCUAUGGGAGGUUACUGGGGCAGAGGUCAUUAAUCACUACGAGUGGAAUGAUCUGAUUGAAAAUAAGAAUUGGUAUGAAGAGGUUAUUAUGCCGGCUUUUGAUAGAUUCAAUGGCAAUCAGAGACCUAAUUCGGAUGCUCUACAUGCGCCGGCUUUCGACAUGUUGACAAUGAUAGAAAACCUUCCUAUCGCGGACGGUCCUAUCAGCCCAAGUAUAGAUUCUGUCGAGGAUUCAGAUAGAGAUUUGGAGCAUGAACUCCUGGAUCACGCUCCUGAUUCCGACUCCGAUAACGAAGAUUAG